GUCACUUCACAGCCAUGAGGCAAGUGAGCUCAUCAGUCUCCAGAGAAGAUAUUCACUCAUGAACUGGCUUGUGUUACCGUCUAUAGACGUCAGAAAUGAUCCGAAUUGACAACACCCAAUACUUCCACUUCCUGCAGCAGGCAGAUGCUCUCCGUCAAUCGGGCUUGCUCUGCGAUGCCAUCAUUUCGGUAGGGAGUCAGACUUUCAAGGCCCAUCGGCUCGUGCUGGCCUGUGCUAGCAGGACACUGGCACAGCAGCUCACCCUAGGGGACACGGACAGCCCCAUCCAUUGCACUCUGGAGCACUUCUCCCCUCACACCUUCCAGCAGGUCUUGGAUUUCACCUACACCCAGGCCCUGGAGGUGCCCGUGGGCGACCUGCACCUGCUGCUGAGGGCCGCACAGCUGUUGGAGAUGCAGUCUCUGGAGGACCAGUGUCGGAAGAAGCUGGACACCUUAGACUGCAGAGCCACAGAAGACGAGGAAAGAGGAGAAAUUACAGAAGCAGUACAGAACACAGAGGAAGCGGGUGACAGGCAAAAAGGAAGUCCACUUACAGAGGAGGCACUCCAAAGGAAUUCCUCUCCAGUGGAAGAGGCCAACUACAGCCUUGUAAUGAAAAACUGCCUUGCCUCUGAUCUCGCUGAGGGCAACACCAGCCCACCACCUCCAAGAAAGAAGCCGAGAAUGCCAUCCGUGUCAGCAACAACCUAUAAAAGAGACAGUGUUAUUUCCAGGCCUGCCACCAGCCAUUCCUCUUUCUCCUCUCCGUGGGCUAUCCCUAAGAGCAUGUGGCACCCCAUGAAUGCCCUGAAGCAGAUGGCACAGAGCUUGAUUGCAGCUCAUCCCCUCCAACCCUCUCCACAGUCAGUAGCAUACCCAUUCUCGCUCUCUACCCCUCACAUGUUCCCCCUGCUAGCCACCUCUUUUCCAUCCCAGGUUCACAGCUCUGUCAUGGGCUACUCAGGCAUCUAUCACCCUUAUAUGCAAAGCCUUUAUGCAGGAUCUCCUGGGAUGGAGGACAUGGUCAAACAAGGUGUGCUGAACAGAAAAAAAAACAGCCACAAAGCAUUCAUUGGGACCAUUCAAAACAGCGGACAAAGAUACCCCGAGGAGCACAGAGCCAGAACAGAGUGCGUUAAAGACUGCCAGCACUGCAGUACAAGUCUCCUUGGCAAUCCAUUACUACAGGAGUCCACUUCCACACAACCAGUUCACUCCUCAGCUGAGGCUUCCGCAGGGCGUAGGUUUUGUGGACGAAGAGAUGAGGUGCAGCACCCGCAACAAUCCCACCGACAAGAGCAUGGUGCAGAGAAACCCUACCAGUGCCGUUACUGCCCAAAGAGGUUUAGCCUGAAACACCAGCUGGACACACACCACCGAGUUCACACUGGUGAAAAGCCUUUUGAGUGUCGCCUGUGUGGUCAACGCUCGCGGGACUAUUCAGCCAUGAUCAAGCACCUGCGCACGCAUGGCGGGGCCACGCCCUACCAGUGCACGGUGUGCCUGGAGUUCUGCAGCAGCCUGGUCACCAUGCAGAGACACGUGAAGAACCACGCUGUUCAAGACUUCCCCCCUGACUGGAGCAUCAACAAUACUUACCUGUACACCUCACAUAUUUGAACCUUUACCUCACACCACUGACUGACACCUCAUUCUACCCAAACAUCUCGCAGUCAUAACUGAGACUGCUGUGUUUUCAUAUU